AAAUAAAUAUUAAUAUGGAGGAUAGUUUUGACACCAAAUCAUCAUCAUCUACCUUCACUCUUCAGAGUUCUUCAGAGACAAUGACUUCUAUUCAGCUCCUGGAUUUCAGAACAAGUUUACUUGAAGCACUAGAAGAGCUGCGCAUGAGAAGGGAAGCAGAGACUCAAUAUGAAGAGCAGAUUGCUAAAAUUAUCAUGGAGACACAAGAACUGAAAUGGCAAAAGGAGACUCUUCAGAAUGAAAAGGAGGCAUUAAUAAAGCAACAUAAAGAAGCAAUGGGAGUUUUUAAAAAUCAGCUGCAAAUGAAGAUGUAUGCCUUGGAAGAAGAAAAGGGAAAAUACAAACUUGCUACAGAAAUCAAAGAAAAAGAAAUUGAAGGAUUGAAGGAAACAUUAAAAACAUUGCAGGUUUCUCAAUAUUCUUUACAGAAGAAAGUUAGUGAAAUGGAACAAAAAGCCCAUUUACACCAUCUAGCUAAAGAAGAUUAUCACAAACAACUGAACGAAAUCGAAAAAUACUAUGUUACAAUAACAAAUCAGUUUGGAUUGGUGAAAGAGAAUCACACAAAGUUAGAACAAAAUGUACAAGAAGCAAUACAAUUAAACAAAAGACUUUCCACCUUAAAUGAAAAACAAGAAUCUGAAAUAGACAGUUUAAAGAAGGAACUAAAGAAAGUAGCUUCAGAAUUGAUUAAGUCCAAGGUCAAAUGUCAGCAUAAGAUGGAUGAAGAAAGUGUAGAUUUGAUAAUUAAAGAACAAAAAUAUAAAGAGCUUCAAGAAAGACUUGACAUGGAAUUGGAAUUAAAUAAGAAAAUUAAUGAAGAGAUUGCCCACAUUCGAGAAGAAAAACAGGAUAUCAUCGUUUCUUUUCAACAUAUGCAGCAAUUACUUCAGCAACAAACUCAAGCUAAUACUGAAGUCAAUGCAGAAUUGAAGGUGAUGAGAGAAAAUACUCAGACCCUUGAAAGAGAUAAUGAGCUGCAAAGGGAGAAGGUAAAAGAAAAUGAAGAAAAGUUCCUUAAUCUUCAGAAUGAGCAUGAGGAAGCACUAGGAACUUGGAAGAGACAUGUUGAAGAACUUAGUGGAGAAAUGAAUGAUAUUAAAAAUGAGUUGUCAUUACUUAAGAAAACUCAUGCUAAGUUGCAAGAACAUUACAACAGAUUAUAUGAUCAGAAAAAUAAUGAAUGCAACAAGUUUCAGAAUAUUCCAGAACUAAAUAAUGAAAAUAGUGAUGAACUAUCCAGUAAAAAAUCAGAAAACACCAGUACACAAAAAUACAAUUCUGGUCAAGAAAUAUGGGGGAAAAAUGCAAAGAAUUUUUGUUCAGAUACUGAUUACUACAGAGAAAAAGAAAAAAUGAAAGACCUACCUGUAGAAGAAAUUGCAGAAGAUUUACAGCCUUUUGAAACAAGUGCCAAAAACGAAAUUAAUACUAUGGUAUUUCAGGACAGACACCAAAGUGGAAUGUCCCCAAGCAAAGCCCUUUGCCUAGAUAAAGAUGUACGUGAUCAAGAACAAGCCCUGAAUGUUACUGACUGUAGAAAAUCAGUCACUGUAGAAGUAAAAGACAGGGUGUGCUUGGAAAAAGACAAUGGAUGUUCAGAACUGAAGUCACUGAACAAUUUCUUUUUAGUGGUAGAUGAAUCACUAGAAACAGAGAAAAUAUGCCUAGAAGGAAUAGAAGGAUUAGGUGUUCUCCACAGUAGUGUAGAUGUAUCUCUGGAGACUCGAAGUAACAAAGCACCCUUUAAUGGCAUUUCAAAUGAGAUGGCCCACAAAAGAAACACAGAUGCGUCUGAAAGCAAGCCAUUCAAAGAGCAAUUCAAAUUGCUCCCAGCAGAUCUGGAAAAUGCUACAGAGAAUGAAAUUACAAAUCAUGACAAAACCAAAGCAGGAUUAGAUUCAUUUUUAGAUAUAAAACUAAAUCUUAAUCAGUGUAAGAAACAUGGCUUACAUGAUUCUAGUAAUGCUGUGUUAGAUGAUAAGUACCAAAAAAUUAAACAAACCUCACGUGAAGAGAGUGAGUGCAGCAUAGUACAUUUUUCAUGUAAAGCUGCCCAGAUGCCUGAAGCAACUGUUGUCUCUGCUACGGUGAUCAGCCCACCCUGUCCAUCUGUCAUCUCUGAUAAUUUGAAAGUACUUAACAAUUCAGAAAACAGUAUUAAUACUAUGCCAACAUUGGGGAAACCCACCUCAAGUCCUGCAGAAACAACUAUAAGGAAAAAUAUGAAUAACAUACAAAACAGUCCUUUUAUGAACCAUUUGGGAUCUUCAGAAAGCAGUGUGAACAUCUCAGAUUUUCAGGUUAACCAAGGGGACAGUCAUGCUUCACAAGCCAAUGAUUUUAAAUCUGUAGUUCCCAUGACAGAAAAACAGCUUUCCAGUGAGAAUCAGAUAACCAAAGCUACAAAAAGUGGUCUCUUUUCUUCGGUGGAUGUUAAGGUAAGACAGUGCAUGUUGCUAAAUGAUAGAGAGAAAGUAGAGACAUUAAAUGACACCCUGUCAGAAGGAACAUUCAGUGAAGGUCAGUUGGAAGAACCACGUUUGUCUCAUUUAACACCAUCUGCAGACUCAGUAAACACAAGUGCAAGGUCGGCCUUUGAUCUUCCCACUCCAGAUAAGAAACUCAAGAAAACUCCAGGAUACAUGAAGUUUGUAGCAGCUAGUCCUUGGUCAAAAAUAAAUCAAAUUAAAACAGUGGGCACUUCACCUUCCAGCUUUCCUUUAUUGCUGAAGGAGAGACCAGUAGGUCCAGAAAGCAAAGUGAUUACUCAAGUGACUUUUUGUAAAAAAGUUGGUCUGGAUGACACUAGGAAACAUAUUGAGCCAGAUACUUCCAGCAUUAGCAGAGUUGCUGACACUGUGGGUAACUGGAGUAUCCAUCCAGAUCCCAAGGGACAGCCCAGUGAAGAGAGGAAUGCAACUGCAAAGACGUUUUAUGAUUCUCCUUUUCCCACAGAACAUGUGAAAGGGACUUGGAUUCCAACUGUGCAACAAAGCCAUUCCCAGGCAAAGGAAGUUACAGACAAUCUUGAUCUACUCGCCUUUUCUCCUGGUAACAAUGACUGGCAGAGCCUUAUGAUAAACCAACUAACUGAAAUCGAAAAGUUACUAAGCUUAGAAAAUGACAACCAGGUCAAAAAAAGAAAAGCAGAAGAGAUGCUAGAAAAACUAGGUGACUAAAUGUUGGUACAUCUUUAAGUAGUGAAACUGAUGUACUCGGGUGAAAGACCAUUCAUCUAAGCUUCACAGCUAGCUGAUUCACUUCACCUUUUCCUAGUAUGAUGAAAACCCCCAUCUGUAUUUGCAUAGCCUGCAAUUAGCAUCCAGGCCCCUUUAUCCUUUAUCUUCCCUUGGUGUAUUUCCUUCAAACACUGUUUGUUAGUUCCUAUCUUUACAGAACUCAAGUAUGAUUAAGCAAACUGACCUUUUUAAUAUUACUCUGUUUUCUAGUGUUUAUGAU